CCCAUCAGGGCCGACAUGGUUAUUUUUAUACCAGAGUACACAAAACGGUGGCAGGAGAAAUUAUGUUUAUGCCACUUACACAUUCAAAACAUGACCUUAAAGAAUAGAAAGUCCAAUAAUUCGAAUUAUGGCAAGUCAUUCAAUUUUCCGCCGUUUAUGCAAUACAUACAACGCUGGCAAGCAGCAAUUGCGACGAUGUUAAAAAAUAAAUCUUCCGUUUAUUUAUUUUUUUAUAACCUUAUAGAGACUGUUGGUUGGUCGUACAUUUUGUAUUUGCUAGUCAUUCACUUUACUUUCGCGACAGAUGGUUCUCUAUAUGAAAGUAUUAAAACGCCUCUCUUUAUAUUUCAAAAUGCGGCGGUGUUGGAAAUUUUCCACGCAGUAUUCCGGCUAGUACCAUCGUCACCUAGUGUUACGAUUCAACAGGUGUUUUCCAGAGUAAUGCUCGUUUGCGGAGUAUUAAUGCUGUCACGGGAUGCACAGCUUGGUAUUGGUUUGCCCCUGAUUCUUGCUGCGUGGUCAGUUACCGAAAUUAUUCGGUAUGGAUAUUACACAUUAAAUCUUGUAAAUGCUGUUCCACAAUUUCUCCUAUGGCUGAGGUACACACUGUUCAUUGGGCUUUACCCACUUGGAGUAACAGGCGAGUUGUUGUGCAUAUAUGCAGCGUGUAUGGAAUUUAGAAGGAACAAUUAUGGAGUAGUAACAUUACCCAAUUAUUUAAAUGUUACCUUUAAUUAUCCAUAUCUUUUGAUGUUCCUAAUGGCAUUGUACAUACCAUUGUUUCCACCACUUUACAUGCACAUGUUUGGGCAAAGGAAAAAGGUUCUUGGAAAGACUAGUACUACUAAGGUCUCUACUCGGGUCUCUAAGAAGGUUAAAUAGAAAGCAUUCAAUUCUAGUGUUCAAAUCAUAGUCAAUAUAUCGAAUGAUCUCAUUGAUAUGGAAACAUGACCUCAUUAAAUUUUUACAAGAUUUUUCACUUUUUAAAUUUACUGGUUCAUUAUGCAACUAGAUUAAAGUUGAGAUAUGUACAUAUACUAAUAAAUCCAUUUGCUAAAGUCUU